AAACUGUAUCCAUUCUGACGAGUCUUCAAACUUAUAAUCCUUCUACCUAUUGCGAUGCUUUUUUUAAACUCUUUGGUCAAUGUUCUGAGGUAUCUUCUACCUUUUAAUAGACAUCCGUGUGAAGAUUUACAAAACCAAAACCAAAUCAGUGCGUCUUUGCAAGUAGCGGAAAGGGGAUUAAAAUGGGCGGAAGUCGUGGACAAAAUAUCUAGCCCAAACACAGAAAUAUCGAUUCUCAAGGCCCUGCUUCAGCCUUUUACAAUCGCCACUGCUAUCUCCUACACCGGUUGUACGGGUUACGAUGUGCACGGGUUUCAUCUCGUUGGAUCAGCCACACCUACAGAUGGUUUGCACGCGUAUGCGUAUCAACACAACACAGUACCCACCCAGGUUUUGAUUGCUUUCAGGGGUACCACCAGCGCAUCGGACACGUGCGCCGACGCUGUGCUGUGGGACUUGCCCUUGUCAGACACAUGCAAGAAGUUCAGCAAUGAAACCCUGGACUACAUUUCGCAAGCCAAGAGCUUUGUAUCCACCACAAUCGACGAGCUGGGUCGAUCGCAGGAUAAAAACACACUGAUUGACCUGGCAUUCACUGGGCAUUCCCUGGGGUGUGGCCUGACAUCCCUUACUACGCUCGACUAUGCGACAAAUAUGGAACACUCCCUAUUGAAUACCAAUAAUAUUGGGCCAGAUACAAAUCAAAUCGGGUCGGUAAGAGGAAUUUGUUUCGCAGAGCCUGGUACUGAAUUGGUCGCUAAGCGAAUGGGGUUGGAUUUGAGUCAGGCGGAUAAGGUCCUGGCCAUAGCCAAUCCGUAUGACCCCAUAGUAUGGUCUACCAAGGAGGAACAAGUGGGGACAGUGUGUGAAUGGGAUACGAGGGAUAUAGAGGAACCCAAAGCGUGUACGAGAUGCAAGCAUUACACGUGGCAGAAGAGCUCGCCCAUGUGCCACACGUGCUAUGAGAGCACGCACAUAUACAGCCACUACAUUGAUGCGCUGAAAGGCAUGCAGCACUCCUUCUUAUGCACAGGAAAAGCUACCCGCAGGUAAGAGGAGUCUAUGG